GCACGUGACGUCAAGGCCUGGUCACGUGCUCGGUGGCCGCGCGGGAGCGCUCGCGGUGUGGGUGCCGUGAGGAUGUUUCGGUCGCUGCUGCUCCCGCUUCUGCUUCUGCUCCCACCCGCCAGCGCCGCUCCUGCUGCCCGGGCGGUGUGGCCCGGCCUGGAGGAGCGGCUUUAUCCGCAGGUGCGGGACCACUUCAGCUUCGAGACCCGAGGCAACGAGACCUUCCCACAGCGGUACCUGAUGUCGGCAAAGUUCUGGAAGAAAGGAUUUGGACCCAUCUUUUUUUAUGCUGGCAAUGAAGGUGACAUCUGGGCUUUUGCUCAGAACUCUGACUUUAUAUUUGAAUUAGCAGAGGAACAGCAAGCACUUGUCAUUUUUGCUGAACAUAGGUACUAUGGGAAGUCUCUUCCAUUUGGACUUGAGUCAGCACAGCUGAAGAAGACUGCUCUGCUCACCGUGGAACAAGCCCUUGCUGACUAUGCAGUGCUCAUUACUGAGCUUAAGCAGCAGUUUGGUGCUGCAAACUGCCCUGUGAUUGCUUUUGGAGGCAGCUAUGGAGGAAUGCUGAGUGCUUACCUGAGGAUGAAAUACCCAAACGUUGUGGCUGGAGCACUAGCUGCCAGUGCUCCUCUGCUGUCUGUAGCUGGGCUUGGAGACCCCACCCAGUUCUUUAGAGAUGUCACCAUGGAUUUUCAGAAGUCCAGUCUAGGCUGCGUCACAGCUGUCCGCAAGGCCUUCCAGCAGAUCAAGGACCUGUGCCUGAGUGGAGCCUAUGAUGAGAUCAGCAGCAAAAUGGCCACAUGCAGUAAGAUCUCUAACAAAGAGGAUGUUUACCAGCUGUUUGGGUUUGCUAGAAAUGCCUUCACCAUGAUGGCCAUGAUGAACUACCCUUACAAGACUGACUUCAUGGGUCACCUCCCUGCCAGUCCAGUGAAGGUCGGCUGUGAACAAAUUCUUGCCCACAGAGACCCAAUUCAAGGCUUGGCUGCUCUUGUUGGGGUGUUUUACAACUCUUCCGGCUUGGCACCAUGUUAUGACAUAUACCAGCUGUACCGGUCCUGUGCUGACCCCACGGGCUGUGGCAUCGGCUUGGAUGCAGAGGCUUGGGACUACCAGGUUUGCACCGAGAUCAACUUAACUUUCAACAGCAACAAUGUGACAGACAUGUUCCCCGAGAUGCCCUUCACAGAGGCCAUGAGGGAGCAGUACUGUUGGAACAAGUGGCGCGUGAGGCCACGAGCACACUGGUUGCAGACAAACUUUUGGGGAGGAGACCUGAGAAGUGCAAGCAACAUCAUUUUUUCAAAUGGAGACUUGGACCCGUGGGCUGGAGGUGGGAUAAACAGUAGCCUCAGCCCUUCACUGAUUGCACUGACCGUUAAAGGAGGUGCCCAUCACCUUGAUCUCCGGGGACGCAACCCAGCUGACCCGCCAUCGGUCACGGAAGUGCGCAGGCUGGAAGCCAAGAUCAUUGACGGCUGGGUGAAAUCCGCGGGCAAGGAGUGGGCACGGGAGCAGCAUGUGGGAGCUGCAGCAGGCAGCCAGCUGUGAGCCCUCCAUCCCCACAGCCCCCAGGCAGUGCAGGUUCUGAGCCCCUCCAUCCCCACAGUCCCCUGGGUGGUGCAGCUGCCCCAGGACACAGCAGCCUGCUGAGCUGGGUCCAGGCUGUUCUCUCCUCUGCCAUGAUGGUGGAAAUUCCCCUUUCCAAAGUGUCCCACCUGCCCCUCAUUGAGCAUCAAAAGAAAAGCAAAAGGCCAAAUCAUUGACUUGCACCCAAAACCACACUGUUUAGAGCCCAUGCUUGCCUGCUUGAAAUGAGCUGUUACAAGGGGUAGGAAUAAGAAAAGCUUGCCUGGAAGGCCCAAGCACUAUCACAGCUCUAAACAGGAUGGUUGCAUGAGACACCUUAAGCUUGAAGCUAAAUUAUUUUUAGAGAAAAAGUAUUAGAAGGCUAGUGGAAAAGCAGAGGUAUGGUCAUGACUGACGCAGGGGGCUCCACUGGUGACCAGUUAUCUAAAACAGACUGUCAGCCUCAGCCAGGGCUAUGGGUUUGGGGUAUUUUGGUUUUAACUUGCCCAGGAGAUUCCAGUUGCUGAGAUGAAGACUUACACAAACUAAUCCCGGUGCGCUAUGCUGCCACUCAAGGGCUGUGUAUUGGUGACCAGUAAAGCAGACUUCCACUGAGACAUUCUGAGACAUUUUCAGAGCUUUUUAAAACAAAUUACAAGUUUAUUCAAGUGUGUGAUAUCAAAGUUUAUUAAAGUGUGUGAUAUAAUUCCAUGGCUUGGAAUAUAUAACCGAAUGUAUAACUGAAGAAGAUAAAAAGGGUUCCUUCUCACUUUCCCAGGUGGAAUAAUGCAGUAACUCAUGUUUGCACAGAAACAUGGAUUCUUGCCUACUGGAAUGACUAUGCACCAAUAAUUACUAGCAUAAUUGUAAAUGGAUCAACUGAGGCAGCCAGUUGAUUACUAGGGUUUAAUAUUUUUGUAGUGAUUUUAUUACUUUAGUGGAGAGGCCUCCUGUGUCCCCACAGGUUUCCAUUGCUUGUGCAGCACAGUCACAGCAGUGCCUCAGCUCUCUGACACUGCCCAAACAGGUUUUGUGUCAGUGUUUGCACUGCUGGGCCCUCCCUGGUCACAGGAGGGCUGUUUCCCAGAGCCACUGCUUGUACUUCACAAUGUUCAGGUGCUGACACAGGACCCACAUACCUCUGCCCUGUUCUUAAGAACAAAAGGCCGAAGCUUGUGCCCCACCACCCCCCCAAAAAUGCUGGAGAGAGCAGGAACAGAUGGAUCCAUUCCUUUGUCAACUACUUCAGAUACUUGUAAAUGAAGGACAACAUGGAAGACCCGAUUAGUCAACUCCAGUCCCCAAGAAAGCUGCUGUAAGCCUGCCAGUGGCACCACAUCUUCAGAAGGACCCAAAUCCUCUGUUCAUGCAGAUGAAAGCCUCCACUGGCCCUGCUCAGAGCUGCCACCAUCCCUUCUGCUCUUGCUCAAGUUAGGCUUUGUGUUUGUUGCUCCAGCUGUGGCUUAUACAAGGCUGUCACACCCAGCCUUACUGAGGUGCUGGACUCAUGUUCAUCCUCCAUGCUCAGAGCCCUCAAUGUUCUGGAAUUCAGAUUUGCUGUAUCCAGGCAUUAUUCAGGAUUAGCACCACAAUAA